UUAUAAAUAAAUAAGGCUCUUUGUACUUGACAGUACCAGGGUUUGAUUAUGUGAAAAGGCAAUGUUAGUGUGGACAGUUCCUGUUAUGACCAAUACCAGGGUUUGAUUAUGUGAAAAGGCAAUGUUAGUGUGGACAGUUCCUGUUAUGACCAACCGUACUGGAGACUUUCGAACAUCAAGGCGACAAUCGGUUUACACAUUAUGCUGUUGAAAAUUCUACUUUUAUUAGUUCUGUUGGAAUAUACUCUACAAGGACGUCAUGGACGUCAGUAUUACCGACACAAAGGUCACCAUAACCGACAAAAACGUCACCAUAACCGGCACAAUGGAGUACGAUCUUGGAGGCAUUCAAAUCGAUACAGAGGUAGCAAACCGACACAAUACUAUAGGUACGGACCAAGGAAACCUACUCUGCCGCCAUCUACAACUACAACUCCACCUGUAAUUACAACGCCACCUGGUGGCAGAGAUGUUCGUUUGCCGCUCAAUCUGUAUCCAGUUUUAUACGAACUUGAACUACAACCUUUUAUAUAUGAAACAAAUCCAACAGACUUCUAUUUUAUUGGAAAAGUUACGAUUGAAAUGGAAUGCAGACAGUCAACAAACGAAAUCGUUCUACACAGCAAUCAGCUUAACAUUACGACAAGUUCUGUCAGAAUAGAACCAAUGGCACCUGGACAAAAUCCAAUUAUUCCUACAAUAGAAUUUGAUACUGUCAAUCACUUCCUGAUUUUGAAAACAAAUACACAGUUAGUGAGCGGAUCGAACUAUUCUGUUUACAUUGAGUUUCGUGGACCUUUACUUUCUAGACCGCCUGGGUUUUAUCAAAGUUCAUACCAACGUGGAAAUGAUACAAUUUAUAUUGCCUCAACACAGAUGGCGCCAACCGAUGCAAGAAAAGCAUUCCCGUGUUUCGAUGAACCAGCUGUAAAAGCGAGAUUUAGUGUGACUCUUAUCAGAAAAAAACACUUGAUUUCCUUGUCGAAUAUGAACCAAAUCCGAUCCAAGAUCUUAGACAACAACUGGGUGGCAGAUCAUUAUGCAGUUACACCGUUGAUGUCAACUUACUUAUUAGCUUUCGUUGUUUGUGAUUUUACAUUCAAAGAAGAAACAACUGACAAUAAUGUAUUAUACAAAGCGUGGACUCGUCCAGAAGCAAUCGAUCAAACAACAUACGCUUUAGACGUUGGUGUCAGAAUUCUGACUUUCUUUGAGGAAUACUUUGCUACACCAUUUCCGCUUCCGAAACAAGAUAUGAUAGCAGUUCCAGCAUUUGCUUUUGGUGCAAUGGAAAACUGGGGACUGAUAGUCUAUAGAGAGACGUUCAUGUUGUACGAUCCUCUAGAUACAGCAGAGAAUUUUAAACAGUUUGUUACAAUGGUUACCUCGCAUGAAUUGGCACACAAUUGGUUUGGGAACUUAGUGACACCCUCAUGGUGGGACGAUAUAUGGCUAAAUGAAGGAUUUGCCAACUAUAUAGCAUUUGUUGGAAUGGAUUUCAUACAAAAAGACUGGCUGGUGCUCGACAAUUUUGUGGUCUCAAGUGUUCAUAAUGCUUUAAGCUUUGAUGGAGUAAUUUCCUCACAUCCUAUAUAUGUUCCUGUUUCUAAUACAGAUGAAAUUUUCCAACUAUUUGACAGUAUUUCCUACGAAAAGGGUGGAUCUGUUAUAAGAAUGAUGCAAUUUUUUUUGGGAGACGAAACAUUCAAAAGAGGUCUACAGCUAUAUAUUACAGAAAGAGCAUACGGUGUAGCAUCACGUGAUGAUCUGUGGGAUGCUUUAGGAAGACAAAGUAUAAUAGAUGGUAAGCCACAAAAGGUUCAUGAUGUUAAAAGAAUAAUGGACACCUGGACGUUGCAAAUGAACUACCCAACAGUUUUCAUGGAAAGAAUGGGAAAUGACAUAAAACUGAGUCAAUCAAGAUAUCUUCGGGAUAAAAAUGCUACUGAUCCUGGAACAUAUAACUCAUCUUUCGGAUAUAAAUGGGAAAUACCUUUCACAUUUACAACCCAAACUAAUAAAGAUUUUAACCAGAACGAUGCUGACAUAAUCUGGAUGGGAAAAGAAGGAACAGACAUUUUACUAUCAGGAAACAUAAGUGGUAAUGACUGGUUUAUAGGUAAUAUAAAACAGUAUGGAUUCUAUAGAGUAAAUUACCCAAAAGACAAUUGGGAAAAACUUAUAGAUCAACUAAAGAUGGAUCAUACGAUGAUUCAUCCUGUAAAUAGGGCUCAGAUAAUUAAUGAUGCAUGGAACUUAGCAAAAUCUGGUGACCUUAGCAUGAAUACAGCCCUGAAAACAGUUGAAUAUUUGUCAAGAGAAGACAGCUAUUUUCCUUUUUUUGCUGCCAAUAAUGAACUUGUAUAUGUCGGAAACAUGCUAGAAAGAACUGAGCUAUAUGGUGAUUUUUCGGCAUUCAUGAAGAAAGCAUUUUCAAUACCACUGAAUGAGCUUGGUUACAACAAUACUGGAUCUGGACAUUUAGAAAUAUUGUUAAGAAGAUUAGUUGUAGAAGGGGCAUGCGAUUAUGGAAAUGAAGAUUGUAUAAAUAAUGCCAUCAAUUCGUUCCAAAAUCUGAUGCAGGGUACUGGUCCCAUCAAUCCAAUUGAUGUUGAUUCGAGACAAAACGUGUACGAUACAGCAAUAAAAUAUGGAGGUGUGAAGGAGUGGGACUUUGUUUAUAACAGAUACAAAACAUCUAAUGUUGCAUCGGAAAAGCUGACAUCGUUAGUUGCCUUGUCUCAUAGCAGAGAAGUCUGGAUUUUAAGCAGGUUCCUACAAUAUACCUUAACAGACGACAUUCGAAGACAGGAUGGUUUCAAUGCCUUUCGUCUUAUUGCAAGAAAUCCAAUUGGUAGAUCUCUAGUGUGGGAUUUCUUAAGAGGAAAUUGGAAUGAUAUAUCAAAUCGUUUUGGAUCAGCUUCAUUUCUCUUAGGAGGGGUUACAGCCAAGUUUAAUACUGAAUUUGAUCUACAGUCGAUUCAGACCUUUAAGGAUAGUCUGCCAAAUUUAGGCAAUGCAGCAGCAGCAUUCGAUAGAGCAAUUGAAACAACAAGAGCUAACAUCAAGUGGAUGGAGAGUAACUUCCAAAUUAUAAAGGAUUGGUUACAGAGUCUAAAAUAGUUGGAAAAACAAUGUAGUUGCAUUUUUCAAUUAAAUUCACUGUCAAUAUU